AUGGCGAUGAUGGCAAAACUCACUGGAGACGACAGUAAUGGCAAAUUGGAUGAGGAGAGAGAGAGGGAAAGUGUUGCAGUCUGCACGGUUACCGAUAUCAGUGUGAAUGCAAGAGGUCUAAUUGCGGCUAUUAUAGCUGUUUGGAGCACAUCUUUGCAGCAAUACUAUGUUCAUUUUCUCCAACGGAAGUGCUCAUUGAACUUAUUCAAUCUCCUGGGCCACACUGCUCCAGCCCAAGCAGGAUCCCUGCUGCUAGUGGGGCGAUUCAUAGAUUUCUUGCUGACAGGCAAAAGAGUGGAUCACUUCAAUUUCUCAUAUCUUGCUCUGUUUUUCCUUGUACUCUCAUUCUUCAUUGCCAUUGGUGUUAAUCUGAGCCAAUUCAUCUGCAUUGGGCAGUUUUCUACUGUGUCCUUCCAAGUCCUGAGCCACAUGAAGAUCGUGCUUGUUCUGUCCCUCGUGUUUCUCUUCUUUGGCAAGGAGGGUCUGAAUCUUCAGGUCGUCCUUGGGAUGGUUCUCGCUGAUCUUGGAACGACAUGGUACAAAAAUGCAUCAGCCAAACCAGGUGGCAAAGAGCGGCAUAGCAUCCUGCCGGUGAGGUCUGAGAAGCACAAGGAGGAUUCAGAAGAAAAGGUUGGUGCGGAGAAGUAGUCUUGUUAUCUGACUCCAACUGAGAUGACUGUGGGAGUAGGGAAAAGAUCAACCGAGCUGCUGAUUCUUUUGAAGACUCCGGUCAGUUAUUAGCACUCUCAAAAGUAACAAAAGACCAUACACAAUUCGUGAAUGAAAGCCCCCGAGAAAUCUAAAGCAAUUAGAGUAGCACUGCAAGAACUCGA